UUAGGGAGCGUGUGGUGGUAUUGUGGAGCUUUGCGGAUUAAUUGUGUUAUAUAGAAAUCUGAGGGAUGACUUCAGAAGUUCAGAAAGCUUCAGGUGGAGGCUGUUUGCGUUCUAAAACCGGCCGGGAGAAGCCGGAAUUGUGUCGAAUGGUUACGGCUCCAAAAACCGGCAAAUGUUAUUGCCGAGGGCGCCUGCUUGGAAAGGGUGGAUUUGCAAGAUGCUAUGAAAUGACUGAUCUUUCCAGUAACAAAAUAUAUGCAGUUAAAGUUAUUCCACAUUCCAGAGUAUCAAAGCCUCACCAAAAAGAAAAGAUUGAAAAAGAGAUUGAACUCCACAAAUCCCUAUCCAAUAAAUAUAUUGUGAAAUUCUACCAUAGCUUUGAAGAUGAUGAAAAUAUUUAUAUCUUUCUAGAGCACUGCAGUCAUAAGUCAUUAGCGCACAUACUGAAAGCAAGAAAAACAUUAACUGAGCCAGAAGUCCGGUAUUACCUCAGACAGAUUAUAUUGGGUCUCAGGUACCUCCAUGUUCGGGAUAUUCUUCACAGAGACCUCAAACUAGGUAAUUUCUUUAUUAAUGAUAACAUGGAGGUAAAAGUUGGUGACUUUGGCCUGGCAACCAAGCUACUACCUGUCGAUCAGAGAAAGAGGACAAUCUGUGGAACUCCAAACUACUUGGCGCCAGAGGUAUUAAACAAACAAGGUCAUGGUCCGGAGGCUGACAUCUGGUCCCUGGGCUGUGUAAUGUACACUAUGUUAUUUGGCCGGCCACCAUUUGAGACCUCUGACCUCAAAGACACUUACAGAUGUAUUCGAGCUGCUGAAUACACCAUGCCCUCUUCCUUCUCCGUUGCUGCAAAGGACCUCAUUGGUAGCAUCCUGAAGAAGAAUCCAGAACAGCGUCCUACGCUUGAUGCAAUUUUGAAUCAUGACUUUUUUGCAAAAGGUUUUACACCUGACGUGCUCCAUCCCAGCAGCUGCACAAUGGCACCUGAGUUGAGUGGUCCAGUUCCUACGAAAAACUUCUUCAAAAAGUUUACAGAGGCUUUCUUCAGGAAAAAGAAAGCAAUAGGUACCAAAACCCUGUGUAUGGAGAAGGAUGAGAUCUCCAAGCUUGCUGCGGAUCUUAUGAAGACCUCUAUUCAUAGACAGACAAGCUGCAAGGCUGAAAAUGCAACUGAGCCAGCACUUCCUUCAGGCCCAAUGUCAAACUCUUCACAAAAGGAAAAAAUAGAGAUGGAGUCGAGAAGAACUAUCAACGAACCAUGUCGAGGAUCUGGUGCCAAUUGUCAAUCUGCUGAAGAAGGACCCAUAGCUCAACAAAUGGCAGACGCUGCUACCCAUGUUCUCAAAAGUUGUCUUUCAGCAAUGCCAUCAGCUAGAAAGAACCCAGUAGGACAAGGCCUUCAUAGAUCCAAACCUUUUUUAUGGGUCACCAAAUGGGUUGAUUAUUCAAAUAAAUACGGCUUUGGCUAUCAAUUGUCCAAUCGCAGCAUUGGUGUCCUGUUCAAUGAUGGAACCCAUAUGAGCCUCUCUACUGACAGAAGGAAUAUAUAUUAUUACCUCAGUAACAACCAGCACUUUUCCUUCUCUGCCUCUGCAAUCCCAGAGCAGCUGGUCAAACAGAUGACAAUCGUCGGCUAUUUUGCCAACUACAUGGAGGAAAACUUAAUGGAUGGAGGUGACUUGCCCAGAACGUUCCUUGAAGAUUGUCAAGAUCCAUCUUUGUUCCUGUUGCAGUGGGUUAAAACUGAUCAUUCGUUAUUGAUGCUGUUCAACAAUGGCACUUUGCAGGUGAACUUUUAUCAGGAUCAUACCAAGCUCAUUCUCUGCAAAGCCGAACAUUCCUACCUGCUUACAUACAUCAACAAGGAUCGUGUUGCUUGCACGUAUAAACUGAGCACCAUAAUGGAACUAGGGUGUUCACAAGACCUCCACCAUCGUCUAGCGUACACUUUGAAGCUGCUGCAGCAACAGAAGACUGGUGCUUAAAUGUGAAAUGAAACCUUCGGGAGAGGUCCACACAGUAUUUAACAGCUUCUACUAUGGAGUUUUUAAAGGGGUGCAAGAUACUGAGGUAUUUGAGUAUCAGUAUCAAACUGGCCAGUGUCUGGCUAAAAUUUGCUGCUGUAUUGGGAGAUAGGGAAUAUUGUAGAUAAAAUUUAAAAUCUAGCUCUUAGUCAUUUUAGUUUGCAUUUUUUUUAUAUAUCACUAAUCAAAACAGAUGUGAACAUGAGUUAUCAAAAUUGUUUCUGACUCCUUUAGUAUUUGAGGACUUCCAGAAUAAUUGUUCUUGACAUUAGUUGGUAGUAAUGGGGAUGACUUACUGCUACCUAAAUCUGACAAAAUUGGGCCUCUAUACUAAAUUGGUCCUGAUAAGUGGUUAACUUGACAUGUCAUUAGGCAACCUUCUAAACUUUUGGGUUUGAGUUUGUCAUGAGCAAAUGUACAUGUUCAAAUUUUACUACAUCCUUCCUGAGAACGACUGCUUUUACUUGAGCAAAAAAUGGUCCAAUGUGAUAGUUGAAAUAUUUCCAAGUCUUGCCCUAUAACUUAAAGUUUGAAAAGCUAUAUGUAAACUUUGAAACUGCUUGUGAAUGAAGACUUGGUGAAUAUUUUGCUUUUACAAUCUACUGGUCAUAAAUAUGGAUUUUGGUAAACUUGAAUGCUCAAAUGAGCUGAAUACCCAGCUGCUUAGAAUUCUGACUUUGUGUUACAAAUGAACAUGAACUUAACUUUCCUGUACAUCUCACAGGGAUCCAGGUAAAAAUCAUUGAUACAGAGCAAAGCACCCAAAAUGCUGGAGGAACUUGGCAGGUCAGGCAGCAUCUAUUGGAAUAAAUAAACAGUAGAUAUUUUGGGCUGAGACUCUUCAUGGUUGAUGAAAGGUCUCGGCCUGAAACAAAGACUGUUUAUUCAUUUCCAUAAUGCUACCCAACCUGUUGAAUUCUCCAGCAUUUUGGCUAUGGUGCUCUAGAUUUUGAGCAUCUGUAGAAUCUCAUGUUUAAAAAUCAUUGAUACUUGGUUUUGGUUUAUCUUGAUCAAAAUCAUGACAUGUUACAGUUGCAGUAACCUCUGGCAGUUGCUGUGAGGUGGAGCAUCUCUUUCCACUGCUUGAUGGAUGGAUUGGAAACCAGAUUUUCCAAUAGUGAUCCCUGUCUAUUCAUGGAAGCACUAAAGUGGAGUAUUUGCAGUUUACUAUUUAAGAUGCAAUACUAAAUGUUUAAAUUAUGAGACAAAAUUCCAUCCACUGACGUUCCAAGACAGCUUCCCAUUUUCGCACAUCAGAUUCAGAGGUGAUCAAGGCCAUAUCUAAGUGCAUUUGUUGACAGCAUUCAGUUACGAGCACUAAAUUUGUAUCCUCAUAUUUGAGGUCCAGAUUUGGGGAUAGGAGACAUGGAUGUUUAGGCGAUAUAAGACUGCAGAUGAAGACAACAUUCAAAGGCAGAAUGUUUUUCAAAAUGCAAAGGUGAAGUUUUGAUAGUUGGAUCUCAAACUUUAGUAUAAAUGUUUUGGCAUAGGGAAAUGGUGAUCAAAGAGGGGGAGAGAAGUUGCAUUUCAACUGCUACAAAUUGUUCAAUCGAAAGUUGAGAUUUCUAAUUACCUCUGGGUGUGAUGGCUGGAUUCCCUAAUAUUUAAUUAGGUCUUAUUUAUGUUUGUUGCAAGUAUUCUGUCAGCCUAAUUUAUUUUUGUAUUUAUUAUUUAUUUCAUUGUAAUUUUUAAGGAUAACGAUGCAAUUGAAAUUCUGAAAGGAAUUGUACAAUAUUUUUAUCAAAAUAAA